AUGAACGUCUUACGCACGAUCGGUGACUUGCUGCACCUCCUUGCCAUCAUCAUUCUGUUAGGGAAGAUGCUGCGGCAGCGGUCGGCAGCCGGGGUGUCGCUUAAGACGCAGUUUCUUUUUGCGCUCGUCUUCACGACACGCUACCUCGAUCUGUUCACAUCCUUCUUGUCCCUGUACAACACGUUGAUGAAGAUCUUCUUCUUGGCGACGUCGUGGCAUAUUUGCCACCUGAUGCGCAACAAGAGCCCGUGGAAGGCUACCUACGAUCACGAGAAUGACACCUUCCGUAUUCGUUACCUCAUCAUUCCCUGCGUUGUGUUUGCAUUGCUCUUUCACGGCGAACCCCGUGAGGGAUGGAUAAUGGAUGUAAUGUGGGCCUUUUCACAGUACUUGGAGGCUGUAGCUAUUUUGCCACAGAUCUUUUUGCUGGAGUACACGGAGCGCUACGAGGCCCUAACGUCCCACUACCUGGCAGCCAUGGGGGCGUAUCGAUUUUUCUACUUAAUUCAUUGGAUUUACAGGUACUGGGUGUUCCACCGUGUGAACGUUGUGUCCGUGUGCGCAGGAGUACUGCAGACUGUCUUGUACGUUGACUUCUUCUACCACUACAUCACGCAGGUUGUGAGGCGCGCGAAGCAGCGGUACGAUCUGGCACGGUAG